AUGCUGAAAAGAUAUACCAAGGUGCUGCUGGCAACGUUCUCGUCGAACGGCUAUGCCGCCAGUACCGCAUCGCAACUCCUCUCUAAGGGGUCGUUACGCGAUGUUGCGAAGCGCCACGUGGCGUCUGCAACACGGGCCGUAAGCAGCUUGAGUGUGGCUGCAGACGGGCUCAUGGCGUCGCAAUGGUCGUGCCAGCGCCGUCUGGGCACCGCGGCAUCGCACGUGUUGGCAUCCCGUGAGCGUUGCAGCCUCGGCCGUCUGCAACACGGCGACCUGGCGGGGCACACCUCUAACCCCAGUGGCAGGCGCUACUUCGCCGUGGGCACCUUCGUCAGGAACAAGGAUCACCUGAACAUCGGCACCAUCGGGCACGUCGACCACGGGAAAACCACGCUCACGGCCGCCCUCACGAAGGUGUGCGCCAUGGACGGGCACGGAGAGUACACGCCCUACGAGGCCAUCGACCGCGCGCCGGAGGAACGGAAGCGUGGCAUCACCAUCAACUCGACGCAUGUAGAAUACGAAACCCAGAACAGGCACUACGGUCACGUGGACUGCCCCGGUCACGCCGACUACGUGAAGAACAUGAUCUCGGGCGCGGCACAGAUGGACGGCGCCAUCCUGGUCGUGUCGUGCGUGGAUGGCCCGAUGCCGCAAACCAAGGAGCACGUGCUGCUGGCCAAGCAGAUCGGCGUGCCGCGGCUUGUGGUGUUCCUGAACAAGCUCGACAUGCUGGAGGACGUGGAGCUGCUGGAGCUGGUCGAGUUGGAGAUCAGGGAGCUCCUCAGCGAGUACGGAUACGACGGCGACGCUACCCCAAUCAUCAAGGGAAGCGCCAUGAAGGCGCUGAACAGCGCUGCGGAGGAGGACGUGAAGCCCAUACGGGAGCUCCUGCACGCGUGCGAUACGUACCUCCUGACUCCGGAGCGCAAGAGCGACCUGCCGCUGCUGGUCGCCGUGGACGACGUUCUGGCCAUCCCCGGCAAGGGCACGGUCGUGACCGGCCGCGUGGAGCAGGGCAAGAUCAGGUGUGGCGACGCCAUCGAGGUCUGCGGUGGCCCCAAGUCUGGGAAGAAGACCGUCUGCAUGGGCCUCGAAAUGUUCCGCAAGAGCCUCAGCGAAGGUAUCGCAGGUGACCAGAUCGGUGUGCUGCUUAAGGGUGUGAAACGCGACGAGGUUGAGCGGGGUUUCGUGCUCAUCCAGCCCGGCACGUACAAAUGCCACAGCGAGUUCGACGCGGACCUCUACGUUCUGACCACCGAGGAGGGUGGCAGGAAGCACCCCUUCGUCUCCAACUACCGGCCGCAGGCGUUCAUACGCACUGGGGACAUCUGCUGCUCCGUCCACCUGCUCGGCGAUUUGGAGAUGGCGGCGCCUGGCGACAACGUCAGGUGCAACAUCAAGCUGCUGCACCCGAUGCCUGUCCACGAUGGGUUGAGAUUCGCGCUCAGAGAGGGCGGCAAAACCGUGGCGUCGGGGCUCAUCACGAAAGUUUACUGA